GGGUCGAUGACAGGUUUAUAACUUUAUCGGAAGGUAAUAGAGGUUGUUUGAGCCUCUACUGAUGUAGAGUACAUAUAAGCUGAUAGGAACAACACUGCUUUAUUGGAUUACGUGUGGGGUAGCUGCUGAUGCAUAUCAGUUGGUUAUUGACAUAAUCAUCGAGUUUCGGUUUUUUACUGGAUGCACUAUUAGACACGGAUAUCGGAUAGCUUUAAUAACAUGCCUUGUUGGUAAAGACAGGGCUGUGUUGUCUUUAGCUAGGUGAGUAGCAAGGAAUUUCAUGGCCAUAACGUGAACUGAUCAACAGUUAAUUAGAUUAUGUUCACUGUUGAGGAGUUGUGUUGGAGGAGAGAAACAAACACCAUUUUGUGACCAAAAGUUGAGAACAUACUUGGCUCGCUAUGCCAGGAUUUAAUACCUGUAAUAAACUUCUUCAGAAGUAUGAAGAGGAAAAAGCCUACCGUAUACAUAAAAGAAAGAUUGCUGAAUCAAGGACAAGAUUAGAUACCAAAUCUCCAAAGAAAUAUCCCCAUGUUAUUGUACGACUCAAGAGAAUACAGCAAGAGGAAGAGAGACAGGCUGAAGUGGACCAUGAGAACAAGGUGCUCCUACAGAAGAUGACCCACAUCAUGAAGAGCAGACCAGAGAUAGACAAUUGGAACGAGUAUGAGCCCAAGAGUUUAAACUACGGCAGCCGAGAGAAGAUGUUACGGGAUAUACAGAUGCAGAACAUUGGUAUUGCCCGGCGACUGGAUCGUGCUCAGCCAGUGUAUAAAAACGAUGACUUAGAAAAUGAAUACCAGCAAAAGAGAUACCUGCAGGCUUUGUGGGCUGAAAAUGCCAAAGAGUUUGGUCAGGUUACCCCCAGACAUCUGAAGUACCGCCAGUUAAAGAAACAACAUGAAGGUGAGGAAGAUGAAGAUGACUUUGGUGAGGAAGAUGAACCUUUCCAUCACCACAAUGUAAUUGCCAAAAACACCACAUUGGGCCUUCCCCCUAUUGAAAAUGGAAAUUCAAAUAGCAAGCAGAACAUAAGGUAUAUGAAGGAUGGUGGUGGAUCCAGUUCAGACCCAUAUAAGCAAGGCAAGGGACAAGAGAAGCUGCCGCGACUUGACAGAAAGUACCAGGAUGAUGCAAGAUCAGAAAUGACAAGCCGGUCAGAUCGGUCUAGUGUCGUGAGUGACAAAAAGAACCCCCAGCAGGCACAGACAGAUAGCGAUGCUAAACAGCUGUUCAACGCCUCCAAACUGAUAGGCAGAGUUCACCCAGAAGACAUAAUUAUUAGGACCUGUGUGAGACGCAACCAGAAACAGAGAAUGAAGACCAAGGCCAGAUUUGAGGAACUCUAUGAACUGGAGCUGAUUCCAGAAUUGAAGUCUGGGCUUGGUGCCAGCUGGUUCCUUGUAAUUGAUGCACUCCUUGAUGACCGCACUACCUGUUCAGCAAGGGCGAUGCACGAUGCUCUGGAGGAUGGGAAUUACAACACAGCCGUAGAGAUUCUUUGUCUAAGUACACCACAGUCCUUGGCUACCCUAAAUGACCUCUACAACAAAGACUACGCUGUGACUUUGGAGGCAAACAUCACAGAUAAGACUGAAGCCCCAGAACAGACUCUACUACUCGCUCUACAUACGGGUCGUGAUGAGUCGGUAAAGGUAGAGGAGAAGGAGGCUGAAAAGGAUGCAGAUUCUCUGUACGAGUCAGGAGACGGUCGUUGGAGCAGUGACACAGGACCUUUCAUCAAGAUGGUUUGUGGACGUAACUUUGCCCACAUUCGAGUCGUCCUGAACUUGUAUCAGGUUUUGACAGGAGGGAAGGAUGUGACAGAGGACAUAAAGAGUGAAUGUGCACGCCAGUAUGCCGACUGUCUCAUGACUAUGGUGAAUUGUGUGAGAGGAGCCGACACUUAUUUUGCUGAUAAGAUUUUCAAGAACAUGUCUGCCAAAGACCAGGACUUCGUCAACAUGCUCGUGGCUCGGUCUGAGAUUGACAUGCCUACAAUAAAGCGGGCAUACAAGAAGAAGUAUGAUGCAGAGCUGGUAGAUGACCUGAAACACAAAUGUAACCACCCCACUAUCAACGUCCUGAUAGAGCUCAUCAACAAGAUACCCCAGGGACAGGGCAAAAAGAGCAAACCACCUGUGCCUUUGGGAGCUGCUAAACGUACCACCAAACGUCCUCCUAAUGCCCAGACAAAGGAGGAGGAGGCCAACACCCCCCGAAACCCCCUUGCUGCACCCAGUCAGCGUAUCACUGCUGAGGUUGUCAGCCAGCGCCAAGGGCAGGAAAUAGCACGUGAAAGAGAGAGGGAGGCUAGGGAGAGAGAGAAUUCGAAGGGACAGAAGAAGGAGAAAGAAAUGUUGAAGAAUAAUAUCAGUGGCACUGUGAAGCCAAGCAAGUCCUUCCAUCCCGACGACGAUUGUGACAAGCUUAACGACGCCUUGGGGAAAUAUGGGCUAGACGAGGCGCAGAUCACAGAGAUUCUCACCCAACGAUGUAAUGUCCAGAGGCAGCAGAUCAAAAAGAUGUAUAAUGGCAAGUUCAAACAGGACCUAGAGAAGGAGCUGGGGAGGGUGCUACAAGGGGACACUGAGGAAAUCCUACAGGGGCUGCUACAGACCCCAGCUGAGUAUGAUGCUUACAGUAUACACGAGGCCUUGGACGGAAUGGGCAUAAGGGAUGGCACACUGAUAGGUAUCAUUGUCACCCGUGACAAACAGGAAAAGAAGGCAAUAGCUGAUCAAUACAAAAAAGCUUACAAGGCUGAUGUGGAGAGUGAAAUCAGAAAGGAGGAUAGCGGCUCAGACUUCGCAGAUAUGUUGGUGGCGGUAUGGUCAGGUGAUAGGGAGACUGGACCGGUCAACCAGGCACAGGCAAAACAGGACGCAAACAUGUUACUCCGGGACGGUAAGGCAGUCCAUCCUAAGGAUAAAACUUACGUUGACCUAAUGGUCAAAUCCAGCCACGCUCAGGUGAAAGCAACAUUCCAGGAAUAUCAAAAAUUAGCAGGACAGGACAUUUACGCUGGACUGAUCACAGCAGGCUUGGGUGAAGAUGAGGAUGGAUACAUAGCUCUGGCCAUGGCAGUACAGGACCCGCAUGAUUUCUAUGCAGAGAAGUUAAAUUCCUGUUUCAGCAGUAUGGGUGUCAAUGACAAUAUGCUCAUUAGAAUGACUGUGUCGCGCUCAGAGAAGGACCUAGGAGACAUCAAAGCGAGGCUACAGGAUCGAUACAAGAAGAAUCUCUCUCAGCUGAUCCGAUCGGAAUGUAAGGGCGAUUACAAACAGAUGCUCCUGGAAGUCGUUGGGGAAUAAACUGAUACAUACUGUAUUAUUUGGGCAAAGAAAUUAAUUUAAACUGAUCUUUUGCCAACAUUCCUAUGUUCGGAACAUAGGAUAAACACAUACUUACACUUCCUGGUUUUCUGGACUGCUGUACUAAAGGUGUUGGUUAAGAGCAGUAUUUAUUACAUACUUGGUGAAUCAUACUAUAGUGUUACAGCCAGUUACAGACCCUGCAAUACCAGGUCCUGUAUUUCACAUUGGUAAUACAGUACUGUACGUAUAUAUCUCAGUAACCAGAUCAUUUGAGGGAUGUUUUCCACUGAUCAAAUCUACAUAUUGAAAGUAGAAUGGGUUUCAAACAUUUAACAGAGUUGUACGUGUUGGUACUGUAUAACAUGACAACAUUAGUCAGUCCUCAACAUUGUUUUGUCUGCCUUUGUUGUUGGGUUCAAGUUUUAGGGAAGCAAAGUGAACAUCAUUACAAGGUUAUAAUAAGUUAUGUUUUUGCUGAAAACAUGAUACAAUGUACAUUGUUAUAAAUAAUAGCUAUAGGUAUUUAAUAAAAGCAAUAAUACUGUAAUAUUUAUACCUUUUCUGACCUCUUUGUGCUUAUCAAAUUGAACUGAUGUGAUACAAAACUAAUGUUACUUAUGCAAUAAUAAUGUAAUUGAUGUGAUACAAUAUGUUAUUAUAAUGUAACUUAUGUGAUAGAAUAUGUAUUUAUGAUGUAACUGAUGUGAUACAGUACAUGUAUGUUGUUAUAAUGUAACUGAUGUGAUAUAAUAUGUUAUUAUAACAUAACUGAUGUGAUA